AGUUUUUAUAAUAUAACAUCUUGGUAACCUUAAAAAUGGGUCAAAAUUAUGUCCAUGAAAAACAUAUGCAAUUUUUCAAUUUUUUGUAAUUUGUAUGUAUACAUUUAGAUAAAGCUGAGCUAUUAUAUAUAUAGUCUCAGGUAAGCAAAUUAGGACCAUCACUGCUCUAUUGCUAUGUAUUUGACCUAUGGGACUGCGUUCGGCGAAUAUUGCUCUCUUUUAUUUUGUUGUUGCUAAUAUUUCUGUAUAUAUAUGUGAAGAUAUAUUGCUUAAACUCAAAUCGCCUAUUUAGUAUUUCUGUCUUGUAACUAGUCAAAGCGUGAUAAUGAUAGAUUUCAUCACAUUAAUACAGCCCGGCAAACGUAUAAAUAGCCCCGAGACGUAACACUCAUUUAUUUAACUGAAAACUUUAUCUUUAUAUUGUGUUAAUUAAGUGUGAGAGACCUAUUUUGGAGUGCGAUGUGGUUCGUGUAUGCAUCUAUCAUCCUAUUUACGCCGCAUAUUGAAUGUGUUGGUCGUUGGGAUGUAUUUUCUACAAAUACACUUUUGCAAUGGGUGAACAGCUCGUUAAGGCACGAGUCAGAUCGCAUCGACAACAACAUUAAUUUUGGAGUCAGCACGACAGUGUGUAAAUCCAUUCAUCUAAGCAUGGUGGUCAAGAAUGGGGCACACUAUCCAAGCGAAACACAGAUGCAUCGGAUAAAAACUCUUCAUGAAAAAAUUGUUAAGUUGAAAGAUCCUAAAAAGUUCGUAGACCUAGAUAACUGGAAGCUUCGAUAUGACAUGAAUAUGGCAGGAGAACUGUCAAGUAGAGGGAUAGAGGAAAUAACUGAACUAGGUAACAGAUUCGGUAAAAUGUUCACGCCCGUUCUAAAACAGGAUCCUAAAAAUGAAGUUGAAAUAUUAUCUUCUGAUGAUCAAAAAUCAAUCAAUUCUUCAAAAUAUUUCGAGCUAGGUCUUAGUAAUCAACUUAUAAAUAUGAAUAUACAUAACAGAGAAGUAAACAACACGGAAUUAAACAUUGCCAAACAUUGCUAUAAUUUUGAAAAGCAACAACAAGAUGAUUCAAAUUCCCUAAAACAGUUUCACCUUUUCUCCAAGACUCCAGAGUUUAUGACAAUAGUCAACUCAGUGAGAAGAAAAUUAGGAAUGAGCAGCAACCUAGCAGCAGCUGAUCUUUAUUUGAUAAAUGAAUGGUGUGCCUAUGGGACAUAUAUUUCAAACGACAUGACCUGGUGUCAGCUUCUAU